GUAGUUUAGUUUAUUGUAAUAUAGAAUCAUUUUUUAAAGCUUUUUAAAAACAAAAUAACUUUUAAAGACUUGCUGCUUCAAAUACUAAAUCCAUAAGUGUUUGCCAUAAUUAAAAAUCUAAUUUAUUUAAUUAUAAUCAUUUUAGGUUCAUUAAUUAAAAGACUUACCAAGAUCCCACUGAGCACACAUCUAUAAAUAAUCAAAAAGUCAAAAUGGCAAAUACGAAACGGGCUAAGAAAACCGCAACUGCAGUUCCUGCAAAACGCGAAGAGUUUAAAUUUGCCAAGAAUGUAGCUGGCAAAGAAGGAUCGCCAGCCUUUAAUAAACAUUUAGAAUUAUUGCUGAAAGAAGAAAAACUUAAAACUUUGAAGGAGCAAGGAGUAAAAUUUCAUUACAUGACUAGCAUUUUAGAUAAAUCAUACGGUAAUGCACCAAAUGCCUUUAGUGAAUUAUACGAUCUAUGGGUUGAUGAUACAGGAAAGAAAACGCAAUAUUUAAUUACUUUAGAAAAAAAUAAUAUAAACUUUCCGAAUAUGUCCAGUAUUUUAUGUGGAUCUGGAGACACACUUGAAAGGCAAGUAAUAAGUUUACUCAGCAUGACUGGAAUUUUAAGUAAAUCCGGAAUUAAUGCCGCGAAAGCCUAUAAGGACCUAUACGAUCUGUGGUUUGAUAGACAUGGUAAUAAAACACGUUAUAUGAAAACACUUGAAUAGCAAGGCAUAAAUUUAUUCAAUGUGUCUAGUGUUUUGAAUGGUGCUGGUCCUAAUGCUGCAAAAUAUUUUAAGGAUUUAUGUAACCUUUGGUUUGAUGAUGUGGGCAAUAAAACUCAGUAUUUAAAAACAAUUGAAAAAGAAGAAAUAAAUCUGUCUAAUGUCACUGGAGUUUUAAGCAAAGUAAAAAGUAAUGCAGCAAAAUCAUUUAAAGAGUUGUUUGAUCUGUGGUUUAAUGAAGAGGGUAAUAAAUCAAAGUACUUAAAAAGCUUUGAGAAGGAAGGCAUAAAUCUUAACAAAAUAUCAAGCAUUUUAAGUGGCGCUGGUUCAAAUGCUAAGAAAGCUUUUGUAGACUUCUACGACUUAUGCUUUAACAAAGACGGAAAUAAAACAAAGUACUUAACAAAUAUAGAAGAGAAGGGUAUAAGUCUUAGCAAUAUAUCUAGUAUUUUGCACAAGGCUGGAAAUAAUGCAGCAAGCGCCUUUAAAAGUCUAUAUGGUCUUUGGUUUAAUGAUAAAGGAAAUAAAACAGCUUACUUAAAUGCUAUGGAAAAAGAUAUAUAAAUCUUGUAUGCAGUAUUUUACAUGGAGUAGACUCCGGUGCAUCAAAUGCAUUUAAAGAGCUUUAUGAAUUGUGGUUUGAUAAAGAUGGAAACAAAAGGCAUUAUUUAAAAACUUUAGACAAGGAAGAUAUACAACUUACUAAUAUAUCUAGCGUAUUAUGUGGUGCAGGUAUCAAUACUGCUAAAGCCUUUAAAGACAUAUAAAUUGUGGUUCGACGAUCAGGAAAAUAGAACACAAUACUUAAUAACACUGGAGUAAGAAGGAGUGAAUUUAUCUAAUAUGACGGGUAUUUUAAGUAAGUCUGGAUCUAAUGCACCGAAAGCUUUUAAAGAUUUAUACAGUAUUUGGUUUGAUUAUAAAGGAAAUAAAACACCUUAUUUAAAUAUAUAUA